AUGGGAAUGGACUGGACGUUACGCGAGGGAUACUCUUGGGCGGAGGAUAAGGAACACUGUGAGGAGUAUGGUCGAAUGCUGCAAGCGGACGCGACGAAGGUUUCGACCAGAGCGAAGAAAAGAGGUCUUCCUCAGUUGGGUACACUGGGUGCUGGAAAUCACUACGCUGAAGUACAGGUGGUAGACGAGAUCUUUGACAAACAUGCUGCAGCCAAGAUGGGCAAUCGGCGAACUAGUCGUGGUCUUGGUCACCAAGUCGCCACCGAUGCCUUGGUAGAAAUGGAGAAAGCGAUGGCCCGUGACGGUAUCGUCGUUAAUGACCGUCAGCUGGCAUGUGCACGUAUAAACUCCAGUGAAGGACAGGAUUACUUGAAAGGAAUGGCAGCUGCAGCAAAUUUCGCCUGGGUGAAUCGAUCAUGUAUGACGUUCUGCGUACGACAAGCUUUCGCCAAUGUUUUCACGUUGCAACCAGAUGACUUGGAUAUGCAGAUGAUUUAUGACGUGUCUCAUAAUGUAGCCAAGAUGGAAGAACAUUUGGUCGACGGUCGCCCAACGCAACUGGGCUACUCGAGCUUUCCCACCUCACCAUCCUCUUUGAUCCCCAUCGAUUAUCAGUUGACAGGACAACCAGUAUUGAUUGGAGGGAGUAUGGGGACAUGUAGCUACGUUCUCACGGGAACUGAACGCGGCAUGGUUGAGGCGUACGGCACAACUUGCCAUGGAGCAGGAAGAGCCUUAUCUCGGUCGAAGUCUCGUCAAAAGAUUCCAUGGAAUGAGGUCAUUGAUAACCUGAAGAAAAAAGGAAUAUCAAUUCGUCUAGCUUCGCCAAGCUCAUUAUGCGCUCCUGAAUCAUACAAAGACGUCACGGACGUCGUCAACACUUGUGAUAUUGCGGGAAUCAGUAAAAAAUCGGUGAAACUCCGACCGAUUGCGGUCAUUAAAGGC